AUGGGAUGUGUUCCAAGUAAAACUGCUACUAGAGUUGGAGCAGUUGUAGACAAACCUAAUAUACACCAUCGAACUAUGGCUACAUUGCCGAAUGGUGUCAUUACUAUUCAACGUUUUGCAUUAACCAGAAAUCAUUUUCCACUGUGGCCUGAUUUAAAAACAAGACUUUGUGAUUUGCAUUUGACAACGGGUAAAAAGAUCGAAGAUAUCAAUGGUGUAUUACAAGUUGAUUUUGCUAAUAAAUAUAUUGGAGGUGGCGUUUUAGGUGCCGGUUGUGUACAAGAAGAAAUUCGUUUUACUAUUUGUCCUGAAAUGCUUGUUAGUUUACUUGUUUGUGAAAUGAUGCAGCCAAAUGAAUGUAUCUUUCUUAUUGGAUGCGAACGAUAUUCAUCGUACAAAGGUUAUGCUAACUCAUUUCAAUUUGAUAGAGAUUUUGAAGAUAAUACAACUAGAGAUAAUUGGGGUCGAAGAUGGUGUCACGUAGUAGCUAUGGAUGCUAUCUAUUUUCGUAAAUCGUCAGAUCAAUACAAUAUGAAACUUGUCGAACGUGAAUUACUUAAAGCCUACACAAGUUUUCGUCCAAUAGAAAAUAGAUCAGAUUACAAGUUUGGUAUUGCUACUGGAAAUUGGGGUUGUGGAGCAUUCAAUGGUGAUAGACAAUUGAAAGCAAUUAUUCAAUUAAUGGCUGCUUCCGAAGCUAGACGUCCACUCGUAUAUGCAGCUUAUGGUGAUAAAAACUUGAUCACAUCAUUCUCUGUACUUUAUGACUACUUGAACCAGCAACAAGCAACAGUGGGAGAUUUAUAUUAUUAUCUGCAUCGAUAUUGUCAUGAACAGCAUCAACAGCCAUUAUUUGAAUACAUUCUUAUGACACCUGUUUCCAGUCUUAGAUGUUAA